AUGGCAUCAUCAUCAUUAUCAUUAUCACCACAAAAUUUGGAAGAAUGUUCUUUUGAAGGUUCUAGUAUCUCUGUCCCUUCACAAGAUAUUCUCCACAAACCAAGUAUUGAAGAACAAAAGAAUGAAGAACUAAGAACAAUGAAGGAGAAGGUUGACAAAUCUAAACAAGAUCAAUCUUCCAAUUCAAAAUCCCAUAUGAGAUUGGAUUAUGUUAAACUUUUCGGUAAUGAACCAGUUUGUGAGUCAAAGGUGUUUGAUUUUUUCAAUCUGAUGGACACAGGGAACUCAUCUUCUUCUAGGGAGAAUUACAUCAAAAAGAGAGAUGAGCACAACAAUGAAGUGAAAUCAUCAAAGACUAAGACUUUUUCUUGCAAUUUUUGUAAGAAGGAGUUUUCUUCUUCACAAGCUUUGGGAGGACAUCAAAAUGCCCAUAAGCAAGAACGUGCUCUUGCAAAGGGUAAUCAAAGGAUUGAAGUUGGUGCUUUUGGACAUCUUCAUUUUCUCUAUUAUCCUUAUCUCACAAACUCCUUUUAUGGAUCUUAUAGUAGAACACUUGGGGUUCGAAUGGAGUCUAUGAUUCAUAAGACUUCUUACCGUUUAUCCUCUCUAGGGUUUAGGUUUGAUCAUCAUUCUUCUCUUCAUGGAUUGAGAAAGAAAGGUUUGAAUGAAAUUAUGAAUAUGGAAAGUGACGCAACUGUGAGAAAACAAGGUGAUAAUCUUAUUAUUAGACAAAACACCCAUUUUCUUAGUAAAUCUUCUGCAGAGGUUGAAAUCAAAUCAAACCCAGCUAUGUCUCCAUUGAAUAUUGUGCACUUUGAUAGUCAAUCCAAACAAGAAGGAACCUCUAAUCCUAAUUCUUCGUAUGGGAUUGAUUUAUCACUUAAGCUUUAG